AUGGCCCGGACGGCGCCUGCCCGAGCGUGCUUGCUGAUCCAUCUCCUCGCCCACGGCGUCUUCGGCACGACCGCAGCGGCGGAGGUCGACCCUCAGCAGGACACCGUGCUCCUGCAGCUCGGCACGGACGCCACCAGCUUCGACCUCGGCCGCGUCAGUUCCCCGAAGGGUACCACGGGCACUACGGUUUGGACGUUACUGGCUCGGCAAACGUACCCGUAUUUAUUCAGCAGUGGGGAGUGGUCGAAAAAUGCCGGAGAUCCUGGAAAUGACAAUUAUGCCAUUUUGGAUCAACUGGAAACUUUUCGCAGCGGCGACGGGAAGUUCACGUUCAAAUUGAGCUGGCCAGGUUCUGGAGCGCAGGACCAAGUUUGGAAGCAAUCGCUCAACCCAGUUACUUCACCAGGGCAGCAGUCAACCAGGCCAGUUGCAGGCUAUGAGGCGGUGUCUGUCCCUUACACAGGCUUGUAUUGGGGAGGGUUGGAGGGAUCGUCGCAGGACGCGCUCUUGGACGGGAGCGUGGCCUUCUAUUAUUGA